GACAUCCUUGGAUCAUCUUGGAAAGGAGGCAAGGAUGACGAUGAUGGAUCACCAGUACCCUUCUUGGAUCUUCAUCAAUGAGAGGACAUUCAUAACCAGGGAACAACUUAAUUCUUUACUGGAGGCUUAUAAUGUUUUCUAUGAAGACCAGAAAAAUCUGCAUAUUUUGUAUGGACAGACUGAAGAUGGACAGCUAAUUGUUGAAGGGUUGCUGGACAUUUUCUGGGGAGUCAAACGACCCAUACAGCUAAAAAUACAAGAUGAGAAGCAGAUCUCUUCAUUUGAUCUGUUGAAGUCACCAGAAACCUUUUCCAGCAAAGGGGGGAUGACUCGCUGGGGAGAAUUUGAUGACCUUUAUCGUAUCAGUGAGCUGGACAGGGGCCAAGCUCUAGUGUCAGAAGGAAAGUAUUCUCCAAAAGACUAUUUAUCUUAUCACAGCACUCUGAAGCCCUAUGCAGAGGAAGAGCCCGAAUCCCCACUGCUCUACAGGACCAUGAGUGAAGCGGCCUUGGUGAGAAAGAGGGCAAAGGCUCCAAUGAUGUAUAGGAGAGACGGGCAGGAUCAUAGAGCCUCUAUCAACGGACACUUCUAUAACCAUGAGACGUCCAUUUUCACCCCAACCUUCGGAUCAGAAACGAAGGUCAGAACAAAUAGUAACAUGAGGACAGAAGAAGUAAUAAAGCAGCUUCUCCAAAAAUUCAAGAUUGAGAAUAGCCCUCGGGAUUUUGCUCUUUACAUUAUUUUUGGAACCGGAGAGCAGAGAAAGUUAAAGAAGACUGACGUCCCACUGCUGCAGAGGCUCUUGCAAGGACCAUCCAAAAGCAAUGCUCGGAUCUUCCUCAUGGAUAAGGACACAGAAGAAAUUAGCAGUGAUGUGGCUCAGUACAUUAAUUUUCACUUUUCCUUCUUGGACUCCAUUCUUCAAAGAUUAGAUGAAGAAGAGAAAAUGGAGACCGAAAGAGUAAUGGCCAAAUUCAAUGCAGAAAGGGCCUUUAUCCUGAAGUGUCUUCAGAGUAAGCAGACAGUGAAAACAGAGACCACCGUCUAG